AUUACCACAUCAAGUGACCGGACGUGUACGAGUCCCCUUGCUCUCUUUUUCUUUCCUCCUUCUCUUUCUCCAACACUUUCCUCAGCAGCUACUGCCACACUCCUCAGACACAAUAUGCGUCUACACUGGCCUUAUGAGAUCCAGGUCAGCUACUGGCUUUGAGCUCAGGCGUCACACCGAGAAUCCUACAGGGGUUUCCUUCAUGUCAGGCCACAGUGAGUGGGUCUGGCCAAGAAACAGUAGCAAUGACAGUAACGUACUCCCGCAGGGUCGCCGAUGCACGUCUGGGGACUUUCUGUCACCUGCUUCUACGCUGGAAGGGCAGCAUCUACAAACUGCUCUACAGGGAGCUGAUCAUCUUCACUGUCCUCUACUACUUCUUCAGUAUUGUUUAUAGGUUCGUGUUAAAUGAAGACCAGAAGAGACUGUUUGAGAAGCUGUCGAUAUACUGCGACCGAUAUGCAGAGCUCAUCCCUGUGUCCUUUGUGUUGGGUUUUUAUGUAACUUUAGUGGUGUCCCGUUGGUGGGGUCAAUUUGAGAACGUACCCUGGCCUGACCGGUUGGCAGCAUUAGUCAGUGGUCAUGUUCGUGGAGCUGACGAGGCUGCCAGGCUGACACGUCGGACUCUGAUGAGAUACGCCAACCUCUCCGGUGUCCUCAUCUAUCGCUCUGUCAGCACGGCCGUCUAUAAGAGGUUUCCCACCAUGGAGCAUCUGGUACAGGCAGGUUUGAUGACGUCUGAGGAGCUGAGGCACCUGGAGGAGUUACCCUCCCCCCAUAAUAAAUUCUGGGUUCCUUGCACGUGGUUUGUGAGUCUGGCUCUGAGGGCUCGAACUGAAGGCCGCAUUAACAAUGAUGUAGCACUGACAGCCAUUCUCACAGAGUUGAAUAGUUUACGGGCGAAGUGUAUGAAGCUGUACGGUUAUGACUGGAUCAGCCUACCUCUUGUCUAUACUCAGGUGGCAACAGUGGCUGUUUAUAGUUUCUUUCUGGCUUGUCUAAUUGGUCGCCAGUUUUUGGAUCCAACUCAAGGUUACCCUGGUCAUGAUCUGGACUUCUACCUGCCCAUUUUCACCCUGUUGCAGUUUUUCUUUUAUGUUGGUUGGCUGAAGGUGGCUGAGCAGCUCAUAAAUCCUUUUGGUGAAGAUGAUGAUGAUUUUGAAACCAACUGGCUGGUUGAUCGCAAUUUACAGGUAUCAUUGUUGUCUGUGGAUGAGAUGUACGACAAUCUGCCGCUGGUUGAGAGAGACAUGUACUGGAACGAGUCUGAACCUCAGCCUCCUUACACUGCUGCCAGCGCAGAGCACCGCAAACCCUCCUUCCUGGGCUCAGCACUGGAUAUCAGUGUCCCCAAGGAUGAGAUGGAGUUUCAGACCAAUCUGGAGCAGAUCAAGGAGAAUGAGGAAGCCAACUACUCCACACCACUGAUUGGAGGGUUGGGUCGUCUUCUAGGAGUCCAGUCUCCAAAUUUUCCUCGGUCUUCCCGGGUAUCUCUGCUGCGCCGCCGUCCUGGAGCUCCACUGAGCCGCUUCCCACUUUACCUGCACCCAGAGGCGCUGUCCGUUCCAGGCCAAGGUCGCCAGCCUUUGAACCAUGAGCGAGAUCCAGACUUUGCCUUCUCUACCGUACCCCUGUUUGAGAGACCUGGUUUCUACAGCUGCCCACAAACACCCAUCCAUUGCGUGCCCCCUGCAGUGUCCCGCCCUCGGCCUUCCAGACGAGCUCAGAACGAGUGGGACCGCAGCUGCAGCUCCCUGGCACCUCAGAUAGUGGGCUCACAGCUUUUACCUCCAGACACCCCCAGUCACCACCCUCCACCACCGUCUUCAGCGUUCCCCUGGUUGAGUGAAGAUGGUGAGACGCCCAGUGCUCCUGCCUUCUCCUUCCCUGACCCUCCACCUGAACUAUGCCCAAUAUCUAAACUCAGACCUGGACAUGGCCUACUGUCUCGUAGGCCUCUACCUCCCCGCCUUACCCUGGAUCCCCUGCCAUCCGCUGACACCCAACCUGGACCCUCAAGUGCUCGGGCGACCGGUAGCGGAGGUGAAAGGGUGUUCACAUUCUCCCCUCCCUCCCGUAUAGCAGCAGCAAAUCCCAGUAAUCCCAAUAGCAGCUCCAGCAGCAUUAAUGCAACUAGCACCAACAGCGCUGGCACCACAGGAAGUCUCUGCAACAGUACAAAUCACAGUAAUUUUGGUAACCAUGGUAACUUCAGCAGCAACACAAAGGCAAGCAACGGGGGCACAAAUGGUGGUUUAAGCAAUAACAUGAACACAGUUUCCACUACAGCAGCGUCGCAGCAAGAAGCCAAUCAGCAAAACUCACCCAAUGAUUCAGGAAUCUCAUUGGCUGAAGGGGACCUGCUGGGCGUUUUGGUGGACAGUGGGGUGAACAAGACGACUGGAGGAAGGGAGCAGGACUGAUGGAGGAAAGUGUGAUGAACUUUUCCUGCCUCAAAUGUGGCUUUCAAAGUAUUUCAAAGGUAUUGAACUUUGAGACUUUCUGUAGUCAAGUGGAGGUCGACAAACACUGAGUUAAUCUCUACUUCCUGAUUAGGUUAAAGAACAGCCCUAACCCUGCUUGUCAUGCAAAAAGUGCCUUACAGGACUCAACUGUCAGUAUUUAAAAGGAAAAACAAGAGUUCAACCUGACAAAAGUAGAAAUAUAUAUUUGUAAACCCAAUCUUGUCAGCGACACAAUGUUCCUCAAAACAUAUGAUGUAUCAUGUUGUCAUUUUAAUUUUCUAAUAAAAAAUAAACUGAUCUAUUACUA